CUGUACGACGUAGCAUAUGAUGGUCCGGGCUGAAUGCUAACAUUUCUAGCUAACUCCAUAUUAUCUGGAGUUGAGAAAGAGACAGGCGUUGCUGCUAGAAGAAACCAACAGCGCCUACCGUUCUUUCUGUCCGCCGGCCGCCGGGGAGGUGAAAUGGUCUCCGGCUCGCUGCCCACGCGGCCUUCUCCGACGGCGUUCUCGCCGCCGUUGCCCGUCCCCGGCCGCGCGCCCCCUCCUCGCCUCCUCCGCAGCCGCGCCACAGGCAGACUCAGGGCUUUUUCCAUCAAAGCAACUCAUAGUGGUCUGAGCGAUGUAUCUGUGCAGAGCCUUGCUGAAAAUGAACUUCCAGCAGUCACCGGUGCUGCUUACAGCUUCACUGGAGCAACGACAUCACUCACCAGCAAGACUCUAACCUCGUCCAAGAAGAUUACUCUUGUUAGACAUGGUUUGAGCUCAUGGAACGCAGAAAGCCGUGUCCAGGGAAGCUCAAAUCUGUCAGUGUUAACAGAGACCGGUGCCAAGCAGGCAGAGAAAUGUCGUGAUGCUCUUUCGAACAUGAAAUUUGACGUCUGCUUCUCUAGUCCUAUCUCACGAGCAAAGUCAACUGCCGAAAUUAUUUGGCAAGGGAAGGAAGAACCCCUUGUUUUUCUGGAUUCACUAAAAGAGGCACACCUCUUCUUCUUAGAGGGCAUGACCAAUGCGGAUGCUAAGAAGCAAUAUCCAGAGCUGUACACCAAAUGGAGGGAGGACCCUGCAAAUUUUCAUGUUAAUGGCAUAUACCCAAUUAGGGAGUUGUGGGGAACAGCAAGACAAGCCUGGGAGCAGAUCUUGCUCACUCCGGGUGAAAACUUCUUGGUGGUUACGCACAAAUCCAUCUUGCGCGCGCUCGUCUGCACGGCACUGGGUCUCCCUCCUGAGAGGUUCCGUGCCACUGAUGUAAACAAUGGUGGCAUGUGUGUCUUCACGGUUAACAAGCAUGGAGAAGCUAUGCUUCAAGCCCUCAAUAUGACAGCACACAUGGAAAAAAAAUGCACGGCUGCAUGGAGGGAUGCGGAGAGGACGUGUUUGGUUGGGUGUAUCAUUUGAUUCAUGUAUGAAAUGAUGAUCCUUUUGUUUGGCUGGAUGAAUUGGACCAACUCAUCCAGGAUGAGACUAUCCUACUUAAUACAUUAUUCUAGAAUCA